ACUUUGCAUCUUGUUAUGGGCGGAGACAUCACACAUCAAUAAAUUGUACUCCGGUUUCUGAAUUUCUACUAGUGAUUCCUACUGGACUUAAACAAGUACCUAAGGACACCCUAAAACGUAGACAUGGUUGAGUGGACAGAUGCUGAGCGAAGUGCCAUCAUUGGCCUGUGGGGAAAGCUCAAUCCCGAUGAACUCGGACCUCAGGCCCUGGCCAGGUGUCUGAUCGUGUAUCCCUGGACUCAGAGAUAUUUCGCCUCCUUCGGAAACCUGUCAAGCCCCGCUGCGAUCAUGGGUAACCCCAAGGUGGCAGCUCACGGGAGGACUGUGAUGGGAGGUCUGGAGAGAGCCAUCAAGAACAUGGACAACAUCAAGGCCACCUAUGCGCCACUCAGUGUGAUGCACUCUGAGAAAUUGCAUGUGGAUCCCGACAACUUCAGGCUCCUGGCUGAUUGCAUCACCGUGUGCGCUGCCAUGAAGUUUGGCCCCUCUGGUUUCAAUGCUGACGUCCAGGAGGCCUGGCAGAAGUUUCUGUGUGUCGUCGUUUCCGCUCUGUGCAGACAGUACCACUAGAUUCUCAUCACCGAUGAACACCAGCUGUAUUGCAGAAGAUUGCGGGAGCUGUUCACACAAAGAUCUAACUCUUAUAAAAUAAGAUCAAUAAAAUAUUGUUAAAAGCA